AUGUCGAAACUGUUUAUUUCGACAACUAAUGUCGGAAGAGCUCAUGAAGCUGAUAUAUUCGGAUUAUCGAUCUCUACACCUUACACAGUGACUUGUUCAGGUGAUGGAUGGAUUAAACUGUGGAAGAACAGAUUGCUGGAGGGCGACUUGCCCAAAAAUAACGUCAUUUCGAAGUUUGUGCAUAGGACUGGUGUCCAUCACGUCGAUGCGUUUCAUAGCGUGGAACACGGUGGGGUUGAAUUGGAUUUGGUGGCCUGUGUGACAUUUUCUGGUGAGUUAGUGAUUUACUCGGUGAACAUGAAGCAAUUGGCUGUAGAACAGGUGGACUUGUUUUCCUCUAGUGACAAGCAGAAAUCUUACUGGUGCGUAAAAUGGUUCAAGAGCAGCGACAGUGAAAUUCCGCAUAAACUAUUGGCUACAGAUGUCAAAGGUUCUACAAGAGUGUGGAAUCUUACCGUCUCGCAUACCGAGGACGCUGAUUCACGUCUCCAGCUGAUUUUGCAUGGCGAGAUUACCGCACCGGUAGCUAACUUCGCUACGUCGUGCGACAUGUCGCCAAAAGGUUUGAUCGCAACGGGGUUUGAAAAUGGCAGUGUUAUAGUCUCUCAGGCGGAUACUUUGAGACCCGUUUACAAUUUUGAGGGCUUUGGGAUUCGUGGGACAGAAGAAAGCGGAAGAACGGUCCGGGACGUCAAAUUUUCGCCCAUGGGCGAGUUGCUUGCGGUGGCUAACGAUUCUGGGUCUUACGGUUGUGUUACGCUUUAUGAAACAGAAUACGGAGAACGAAUCGGUAAUCUAACUGUACCAACUCACAGUUCACAAGCCAGCAUAGGAAGUUUUGCCCAUAACGGUUGGGUAUUUGCUGUAAGCUUCAAUUCAACGGGCGAAUUUUUGGCUACAUGCGGAUAUGACAGUAAAGUGCGGGUAUGGGAUGUUAAGAUGCGAGAGCGUUUAUCGACCUUGAGUUUAAGUGCAGGUGAUAUUGAAAUCGAAGAAGACAUUUUACUGGAAGACGAAUUUGGCGAUUCGCUUAAAAACCCACCCGUGUUUGGCGUUUCUUUCGUAGAAAAGGGCGUUCGUGGUGGUACGGGAAGCGAUACAAAUGAGGGUCUUUGCUGCAUUUGCCUGGAUAGAAGUAUCCGCUGGUAUAGAGAAGCUGGCGGUAUAUAA